AGCAAAGUUGACGAUUGCGGGGACCAGACGGUAUGGAACGUGGUGAACUAAAGGUGUGAAGUGUAUUGAUUUAGACGUAAGGAGUGUGGAGAUCUAAAGAAGGAGCAGUAGACGUGACAACGAUGCAUACGGACGACAUCAUCGAGGCCGUCGGAGGCAUGUCCUGGUUCCAGAUCCUCAUAGUUGUGUUCAUAUUCGGUCCAAAGAUAUUGACAGCGUGGGGGAUGUUGAUGAUGUCGUUUGCAGGGACAACUCCAGAUUGGUGGUGUGUCCCAACCACAGCGUCUUCUGUUGAUGAGACCUAUUUCAGAAACAACGAAACUUUCAAAUUGUGUCCCACCUCGGACAACAUCACCUGCCAGAUUGUGUUCAGUCAGGAUAAAAGCACCAUCGUCAGUCAGUGGGAUUUAACCUGUGAUGAAAAAAUGCUCAAUCCCCUUGUCACAUCAAUACAAAUGGGCGGGGUAUUCGUGGGAGCAUUUGUUGGUGGACAAUUCGCUGACGUCAUCGGCCGGAAGUGGACUUACUACGUCUGUCUGGUCCUUCAAGGUGGAUUUAAUCUGGUUGCAGCGUUCUCUGUUAACUGGCAAAUGUUUGCAGCCUUACGUUUUCUAAUCGGGGUGAUGAUUGGCUCUCUCCAGGUGGUAAGCUACCCGUAUUUUAUGGAGUUUCUCGGUAGGAAAUGGCGCCCCCUGGCCUCAUCAAUACCUAUCUGGGUGACAGGUGUCUGUAUAUUUGCUCUGUCCAUCUGGCUGAGACCUGACUGGUCGCAUCAACACAUCAUCGUAGCUGCACUUCAUCUGCCCUUCUUCGCGGGAUGGUUCUUUGUCCCAGAGAGUCUUCGCUGGCUGGCUGUGAAGGGUCGGACUGAAGACGCUGAGAAGGUUGUGGAUCAGAUGAGCCGUUACAACAAGAGAGAGAAGCCCGCAAACACACUGCUGCUGCUGAAACAGGUGGCGGAAGAGGAGAAGAAACUGAGAGCGUCUGGCAGCAAGUACACCUACCUGGAUAUAUACAGGCCCUGGAGCAUGUGCUGGAAGUCUCUCAUCAUACAGUUUGUAUGGGCGGGUAUGUCCCUGGUGUACUAUGGGAUAUCGUUCGGCGCAGGAAGACUCUCGGGGAACCUGUACCUGAACAUCUUUCUACUGGCCGUGGUGGAGGUGCCAACCAGUGUAUUGACUUUCUUCACAAACAACAAAUUUGGUAGAAAGUGGACAGCGGUCGCGUUCUUUGGUAUUGCAGCUGCAGGUGCCUUUGGAGUUGCAGUCAUUACGAAAACAGUGUCGGAAGACGAACAAGGAACCAUCAUCAACGUCUUGGCUCUGUUGACCAAACUUGGAGUUGGUGCUGCUUGGUGUGCCCACGGUGUACUGGCGAGUGAGACGUACCCCACUGUCAUAAGAAACCUUGGUUACGGAGCAGCUAGUACCGCAGCCCGACUUGGGGGCACGAUAGCUCCAUACGUCUUUGCAAUGGGAGGUGAUGACCUCGUGGUACCUUUCGUCAUCGUUGGCUCGAUAAUGACCGCCUGUGGAGUGUUAACUGUUGUCCUGAAGGACACGAAUGGGCAGCCCAUGGCCGAUACAAUGAAGGGUCAGGAGAACACGUGGGACGAUGCGAUGAUGGCGGCGACUCCAAUGGUCACGGAGAAAACGAAGUUUUGACCAGUGUGUUUGGAAUGAAUUAGUCAGGCAGUUGUAGACCGAGGGGUCUUUGAGGUGUCAAUAACUAGGAUAAACAUUUUAGUGUCAUAAGGAUCUGUGGUACAAGGAUUGUAGUGUCUAUAGCCAUUAAUGGCACGAGGAUGUUACUGCCUGUAUCCAUUGAUUGCACGAAGACUGGAGUGUCUGUAUCAACUAGUGGUCAUUGGUGUCUAUAUCUGUUCGUAACAAUAUUUCUUGUAAAGGUUUAUGACCAAUAAUAAAAGAUAUGUCAUUGUAUGACUGCGUGAUGACAAUAUGGUUAUAAAACUACUUAUGAUCUAAAGAAUGAAGUACUUCAUCGUAACAAACCACAUGCGGAGUGUUUGUCAAUAUAUUGUCUAUAAACGUUAAUACUUCCA